GUUCUCCAUGCCCAUCUUUGUCCCCUUCCGACAUAAUGUUAAGCUCGCUAUUUCCUCUUCCCGCCUUGCAGGAAUGUGCCGGGGAGCCACUCUUCAUGCUGUACUGUGCCAUCAAGCAACAGAUGGAGAAAGGACCCAUCGACGCCAUCACUGGGGAGGCGCGUUACUCUCUGAGUGAAGACAAGCUUAUUCGCCAGCAAAUUGACUACAAGACGGUGACCCUGAACUGUGUGAACCCGGAGAAUGAGAAUGCCGCUGAGAUUCCUGUCAAGGUGUUGAACUGUGACACUGUCACGCAAGUGAAGGAUAAACUGUUGGACGCGUGUUACAAAGGUGUCCCUUACUCGCAACGCCCAAAGGCAGCAGAUAUGGAUCUCGAAUGGCGCCAGGGAAGAAUCGCAAGGAUAAUUCUCCAAGAUGAAGAUGUGACGACAAAGAUAGAUAAUGACUGGAAACGUCUGAAUACAUUGGCACACUACCAGGUUACAGAUGGAUCUUUGAUAGCACUUGUACCGAAACAGACCUCAGCCUAUAAUAUCUCCAAUUCCUCCACCUUCACCAAAUCUCUCAGCCGUUACGAGAGUAUGUUGCGCACUGCCAGCAGCCCGGACAGUCUGCGGUCUCGGACCCCCAUGAUCACCCCAGACCUGGAGAGCGGAACCAAACUCUGGCACCUGGUCAAGAACCACGAUCACAUGGACCAGAGGGAAGGGGACCGAGGCAGCAAGAUGGUGUCUGAGAUCUAUCUGACCCGCCUCUUGGCCACCAAGGGAACCCUGCAGAAGUUUGUGGAUGACUUGUUUGAGACAAUAUUCAGUACAGCACACAGAGGGAGUGCCCUUCCUCUUGCAAUCAAAUACAUGUUUGACUUUCUGGAUGAACAGGCCGACAAACACCUAAUCACUGACCAUGAUGUGCGACAUACCUGGAAGAGUAACUGUCUACCUCUACGAUUUUGGGUGAAUGUUAUCAAAAAUCCGCAGUUUGUGUUUGACAUUCACAAGAACAGUAUUACGGACGCCUGUCUCUCAGUGGUAGCCCAGACAUUCAUGGACUCCUGUUCCACCUCUGAACAUAAACUGGGCAAGGACUCACCCUCCAACAAACUACUGUACGCGAAAGACAUUCCAAACUACAAAAACUGGGUGGAGAGGUACUAUGCAGACAUCUCCAAGAUGCCUGUGAUUAGUGACCAGGAUAUGAGCGCUUACCUGGCCGAGCAGUCUCGCCUACACUUGAGCCAGUUCAACAGCAAUAGUGCAUUGCAUGAGAUCUACACCUACAUCAACAAGUACAGAGACGAGAUCUUAUCAACUCUAGAGAAGGAUGAGCAGGCACGGAGGCAGAGACUGCGGAGUAAGCUGGAACAAGUGAUUGACGCUAUGGCAUGUAGCAGCUGAGGCUUCACCAGGAGAGGAGCGAUGGAGGAGAAAGCGAGGGUGGGACGGGGUGGGCGAAGAAAGACAGAGAGAGCUCAGUUGUCACUUGGAGCCUAGUAGGCUGACUGUCUGUCUGUCUGUCUGUCUGUCUGUGUGCGCGCGGGUUGGGGAGGGAGGGGUGGGUGGGGAGGGUGAAUGGGGGGUGGGUUCAUGGGCGGGGGAAAGCGCGGGGAUAAGGGAGACAGAAACGUGAACGGAGCAGUGUGCACAUCGGGUCUAGCAGAGGCCCGGGGAACCGAGCGGGUCCAGGGGUACGGGAGUUCAGCAGUCGGCAGAUUCCACGCCCCCAGCUGCAUUGGCCGGGCGCUGAAGUCACGUAACCUGGGACUGGGCAGGGCUGGAGUGGGGGCUGUCAGGGGAUGGGGGUAGGUAACUCGGGGAGAGGAGUCCCUGAGCUGAUGAGAUGCUGGGACAUGAACUGGACAGCUGUUCUCCUCAGUUAGUGUUACUGCUAAAAUUUGCACAAUUUACAAUUUAAAAAAAAGGAAGAGAAAAAAGUAUGAAAAAAAAGAGAAGUGAUUCCACUUUUAAAAAAGAUUGAUAUAGAACUGAGUUCCAUGAGCUUUGAUAUAUUUCCAAAACAAUGUGUUUUGUGCCAUCAUUUUCAUUUGAAUGUUCUUUAGUGAAAA